AUGUAUUCAACUUUCGGGGCAUCCAGCACUCGCAACGCUCCACUCACUUCUAAAUUAACAGAAGAGCAAAGAGAACAGCUCUGUGCCUCACUAGGGAAUGUGAAACUGUCUCUUCUCUACAAAGCUUCAGUUCAUGGAUAUCAAGCUUCUGCCUUCCACCAGCGAUGUGACCGUCAGGGUCCCACUUUACUUGUAGCCUACAACCGUUCAGGCUACACUUUUGGUGGAUACACUAGUGUAGAUUAUUCUCAAAGUAUGCAGAAUAUUACAGAUGAGGAGGCUUUCCUGUUCAGCUUUCAUGGUGGAGCUCCUCUCUGCAUUGACGUUAGCUGUGUACAUUAUGCACGCUAUGAUGAUGUUGGAGGGCCCAACUUUGGCCAACAGUUGUACUUUUGCUACAACAAUCAACCACGUGUGUACAAUCAAGAAGCACCUUUAUCUUUUGGUGCAAGGGGUAAUGCAUUUGGUUUUAGUGCUGCCAAACUAUAUGGGGAUGACACUCGGCUGAGUGAAUGUGAGGUGUACAAAGUGGAAGAGAAAAGUACUCUGUUAGAGCCUCAGGUCAGUGCAGAGAAGCUGUGGAGGAAUGUUCUGUGGACAGCUGAACGAAGAGCAGAGCUCAUGGAAAUAAUCAGGAAAUAUAAACCCCUAGUGACGUCUGUGAGUCGGGUCAGAAUCCUAAUGAUCGGUCCUGUAGGUGCUGGAAAAUCCAGUUUCUUCAACUCCAUCAACUCCAUCUUCAUGGGUCGAAUGACUAGCAAAGCCAUGUCAGGAUCUGCAGGCACUAGUCUCACCACACAGUUUCGCACAUAUCCAGUGAAAGACGGUCGUGGAGGAAAGCCGUUGCCAUUUGUGUUGUGUGACACCAUGGGACUCGAGGAGCAAUCAGGUGCAGGACUGGAUAUUGAGGACAUCAGCAGCAUUAUUCAAGGUCACAUAUCAGACCGCUAUAAAUUUAACACCACAGCACCGUUUCAACCUGAUGAGCAAAAGGCCUCCAGACCUGCAUCUCUUCAGGAGAAGAUCCACUGUGUGGUGUAUGUGAUAGACGCCACCAAAAUCUCCCUCAUGUCUGACAAACUACAGGAAAAACUUGCUUCCAUACGCAGAAAAGUGAACUCACUGGGCAUCGCUCAGAUCGUCUUGAUGACAAAAGUAGAUGAAGCAUGUCCUCGAGUGGAGGAAAAUCUUCAAAGUCUUUAUGUCAGUUCCUACAUCAAGUCGAAGGUGCAGGAGGUGAGCUCUCGGUUGGGUGUGCCGGUGUCUUGUGUGUUACCGGUGAAGAACUACAGUCAGGAGCUGGAGCUGGAGCUCAACUGUGACGUCCUGCUGCUCACCGCUCUACAGCAGAUGCUUAACUUCGCAGACGACUAUCUGGAUGAUGCUGGUCAUGUGGAGGGCAAUGUUUUUUAAAAUGCUUUGCUGAGAUGCGUCCAUAAUAUUACAUUGUCUUUGAAUAGGAUAUAGGUGGCUUAGCUUCCAUCUCUGCAUGAUAAUGUAUCUUAAGCCAGAAAAUUGGUGUAUUACUUAUAUUGCAUUUAUUUAUUGUGGCUUUAUUGCGAAAAUGCAGUAAGAUCAAUACUACAAAUUAGAACUGUCACACUGUUCUAAAAGAAAUGCAGACCUUUCCAUGGGAAAAAUCAAUUUUGGAAUUAGAUAUUCCUUACAUUUAAAAGUAAACAUUAUUAAAAUCAAUUCUGCAAUUAAAUAUCAUGAAAAUGUGUUAUUUGGCUCUUGAACUGUAUCACCCUGGAGCAGGGUGCUGCUAGCAAUUUUGAGCCCUAUGAAAGAAUAUGAGGUU